CAGGAACUGGCUUUAAAGAUGCUGCAGGUAGUCGGGGACUUUUGACGGUAAGGGAGCUCGUGAUUCAUUUUGGUGAUUCAGCUGGAAGCAGCAGCCUUAGCUGCCCUUGCUGAGGUAUGUAGCAUGAGAUUUGUGAAUGGAGUGCGUACUCGAACUGGAUUAAUGGGAAUUGACUACCCAACUGCAUCAUGGCUAUAUAGAGAAAUUGGACAUAAGGAGUACAAAGUGAGUUCUGUGGAUGAUGUCUACAAUCCAUUUGUUUCCAUGUACUUUGGUGCAUCCUACUUUGACUGGCUGUCAGAAUACAAAGGAAGGCAAAGAAACUAUGAGUUCAUUGUCCAGGCUUAUUUAGGAGGGCCAGCAAAUGUGAAUUUCCAGGAGACAGGCCCUCUUUGGAAAAAGUUUCAGGAAUCUUUGAGUCACUAUGAAGUCCCGACAAGCAAAUUUCCCAGUGAUUUGCCUGCCAGCGCAGAAGAAGGAAGAUGCUGCAUUUUAUGAACCCGGUCUGCGGCAUGAAGAUCUAGUUCAGUUGAAUUGUUCCCAUAUUAUAUGGAUUCUCAAACUGCAGAAGAGAUCAACAACUUCAUCCACAAGAUCUCACUAAGCUCUCUUACAUGUAACUAUCAACUUCCUAUGAUUGUGUUUUUUCUUAGCUUUAUACGUCAAUUGAUAUUCAUAAAGUUGUGUUGUUCAGAAAAUAAGGUAAUAAAAAGGGAGCUGCUAUUUGUCUCGCAAAGCCCAUCACACACG